GACAUUUCAUGACAUUUACAUGACUUUUGCUUGAUCGUCGCCAUCGUCAGGGCCAGGGCCAGGGCUCUGAGUGUAUUUUUCAGCUCUUCUGCAACAUCUUUCCAUUAAAAAAGAAAAAAAAUGGGCUACAAAUUUCUUAAACUAGCUUCCACUUCCAUAAGGCCAGUGAGUGUCCGAAUUGGAGUGAGGUCGUACGCAACAACCCAUGAUGCAGAUCUCGUGGUUAUCGGCGCCGGCCCUGGCGGUUAUGUCGCGGCGAUAAAGGCUGCUCAGCUUGGAAUGAAGGUAGUGUCUGUGGAGAAAGACCCUACUCUCGGUGGUACCUGCCUAAAUGUGGGAUGUAUUCCCUCUAAGGCCCUGCUACACAACACACACUUGUACCACCAAGCGCAACAUGACUUCAAGCGCAGAGGCAUUGAAGUUGGAUCAGUACAAAUUAACUUCAAAACUCUGAUGGAGUACAAAGAAGCUUCUGUGAAAGCCCUUACUGGAGGAAUUGCUAUGCUUUUCCAGAAGAAUAAGGUCAAGCUGGUAAAAGGUGUAGGCACCAUUGUGGCACCCAACAAGGUGGAAGUGAAAGGUGCCAGCGGAGUAGAGACAGUCAAUACCAAGAACAUUCUGAUUGCCACUGGCUCUGAAGUCACACCCUUCCCUGGAGUUACAGUUGAUCAGACGAAUAUCGUGGAUUCAACCGGCGCCUUAUCCCUGCCUCAAAUCCCUAAGAAGAUGCUCGUCAUCGGCGCCGGCGUCAUUGGUCUGGAGCUCGGCUCGGUCUACCAGAGGCUCGGCGCUGAGGUCACGGCUAUUGAGUUCCUUGGCACUAUUGGUGGUGUCGGUAUCGACCUGGAAGUAGCGAACACGCUCCAAAAGAUUCUGGCCAAGCAGGGCAUGAAGUUCAAGCUCAGCACCAAGGUCAUGGGCAUCAAGAAGGACGGUGGGACUGUCAAGGUCGACGUAGAGUCGGCAAAGGGCGGCAACAAGGAGUCGUUGGAUUGCGACGUUGUGCUGAUCUCGAUCGGCCGCCGGCCCUACACCCGCGACCUGGGGCUCGACAAGGUGGGCAUCGCGCUCGACGACCGCGGCCGAGUGCCCGUCAACGAGAAGUUCCAGACCAAAGUGCCCGGAAUCUACGCGAUUGGCGACUGCAUCCACGGUCCCAUGUUGGCGCACAAGGCAGAAGACGAAGGCAUCGUUUGCGUGGAAGGCAUUAAGGGUAUGCCGGUACACUUUAACUACGACGCGAUCCCGUCUGUGAUCUACACCACGCCCGAGGUCGGCUGGGUCGGCAAGUCUGAGGAGGACCUUAAGAAAGAGGGCAAGGCGUACAAAGUAGGCAAAUUCCCGUUCCUGGCGAACUCCCGAGCGAAGACCAACGGCGAGCCCGACGGCUUCGUCAAGGUCCUCUCCGACAAGGCCACCGACGUCAUCCUCGGCACACACAUCAUCGGCCCCGGUGGCGGCGAGCUGAUCAACGAGGCCGUGCUGGCGCAGGAGUACGGCGCCGCCGCCGAGGACGUCGCCCGCGUCUGCCACGCGCAUCCUACCUGCGCAGAGGCGCUGCGUGAAGCGAACCUUGCGGCGUACUGCGGCAAGCCCAUCAACUUCUAAAUAUAGAUCGUAUAAUAAACUCGGAGAUCAAUGGCUGUGGGGUCAUCGGAGAAACUGACCCCGGCGAUAACUACCAGACGACUCUGCAGUGAUCAAAUUUUUUAUAGUGAAACAAACAAGACAGUACUAUGAAUAAAACUAAGACUAUACAUUAACAGUGAGAAGCUACGUGAUCAUUAUAUCAUUGACACAUAGUUUAAUUUUGUCUGACUCUGAACUAAUAAUGAGGAAUCGUUGCAACGCCGUCAGAUAUACCAAAGCUAGCAAUGCCUACAAAUAUCAGAACAGUGCACAAUUGUCAAGACGUUAAUGUUCUGAAAUUUUUAAGCAUUCUAUUCUAGUACAUUUUAGAUGGCGACAUUGUUUAAAUCAACAAGCAAUUUUUUUUGUACCAAGUGUUUCAAUACUAAAGCAGAUAGCGUUUUCGCUACAAAAAAUCUGAUCACCAAAUAUUAGAAAUAAGCAAGUGGUUGAUUUUAUCAUUCAAAAACACUUGCUUCUUGGGGUUUAGUCAUAUAAAUGAUGCGCGUCCCUGUAACGAAUCUUGUGUGAAUCUGAUAUGAGAGGUAUUAAAUAUAAAAUUUUCAAACGCUGCCACUAUUCAUCCUCUACGUCACUAUAAAAUUCCAUAAGAGUUUUGUAUAACGUAUAAUUAUUUUAUUUUUGUUGCUAAGCUGACGUGAAUUUAAAUCUUGUUAUUUUUUUUAACCUAUUUAUUUUACAAACUUCGUUUGAGUCCAUUCCGUAAGAUCAGUUAACCAUGCAUUUACUGCGAGUAAAUGUUUGUUCAAUUGGUGUAUUUAUUUUCUUUUGUAAAUAGUUUACAGAAAUACAAAAUGUUAAAAACUGUA